CGGUAUUCCGAGGGCAGUGUGGGUGGCAGUCACGUGCGGCGUUCUAAUCCGAGAACAACAUUAGGCUAAUCUCUCUAUCUCUCUUUAUGCCUUAACAACACCACCAGCUACUCCUUCCAGAAGCUAUGAGCACUGUGCUGGAUGACAUAUCGACGCCAGGUAGUGGACGAGUGCAGACUGCUGGCGAGCUCACAGCUCACGGUGUUCUACGUGGAGAUUGGCGAGAUAUGGGAGGACGACUAUAAGUUCGAGACUGCGCUAAGACUGCUACCGUUUAAGCAGCAGACGAGGGUCAUCUCCAAGAGGUUCUCGCAAGACGCACGCACAGCUCUCGCCAACCAGCUUCUCCAGAGGUUUGUGUGCUGUGCUCUUCUCGACACCACACCGGACUUGUUAUCGUUCACGAGUAACGAAUAUGGAAAGCCUCAGCUGGAAGGCUGCGGCUUCCAGUUCAGCAUGAGCAACCAGCAGGGGUACACCAGCAUGGUUGUAUCAAGAGCACAGUGUGGCAUCGACCUGGCAAACUGCAAUGACGUUGACAAGUUUGGCACAGGCUAUCUGGCCCAUUUUAGAGACAUAUUCCAUCCAGAUGAGUAUGAAGCACUCGAGGCACUUGCGGACGACGAGCAGACCAAGAACAGAUUCACGCACUACUGGGCACUGAAGGAAAGCUACACCAAGCUACUGGGCGUGGGACUCAACGGCGACUUGAAAUCCUACAACUUCAGCAACGUCAAUACGCUGCGCUGUGACGAUACAGUCGAGGCCCACGACACUUUCCAGCGACGCACUGAGCCACUGUGGGACUCCUCCACAACUCUGGCCAUUGGCAGAGUCGAUGAGGACAUUUCGAUCUAUUCCACUAUGCUCAACAAGGAGAUCGUCGUCUCUGCCUGUACGCUGGAUCACCUCACUGAGACCCCCACUCUCGUGCACGUAAAACUAGAGGACAUUGUCAAAUUCCUCUCGCACAAUAAAUGAUCCCUGUCUCGGGCUGCUAGCACC